AUGCAUUGCCGGAGGAGGCCCAAUGUCAACAACCACGGAGUCACAAGCGAAUCCUCUUGCACCUCUCCCAUCGAUACCGACAAUGAUAGACCGUUCGAGCCUGACUCCUCUGGAACUGAUCUUACUGAGCCGGAGUGUUCGUCUCCAGCGGCUCAGAAGAUUAACCGGAAGAAGUCAAGUCCAAGCACUGGAACACAACCGUCAGAAGCAGACUCGCCGGGUGUGGAACGUAUCCACCGGGCCCGGUAUCAAGUCCCAGACGAUGACACGGAUGAGGACCUGGCCCAGGUGCCGGAAGAUUACGGCCGGUCUAACGACACGAAGAAGUUGAAACAUCGACUGAAAGAGCGUUGGGCUUGGUUCUGCCAAGUCAAAGCAAGGGAGCCGUCCGCCGAUCUAAAGUGGGGGAAUGCGGAAGAUGCACUGCGUGAAGCGUCUCCAAAUGACAUGCAUCGAUUUCUGAAUUGGUGUUUAAAGCUGGAGUACAGUCCCGAUGGUCGCCGUCAGAAAGGCUACAAAAAGGCCAGCGCCCUUGACGCGGAUUGGAAGUACUUUCGAAUUUAUUACACACGGGUUACUAAGCAUGAGAUGAGCAAAGAGAUGGGUGAGGCGGUUCGCACGGGCAUGAGAUACUUGAUCGAUAAACGUGGCCUUGAGAAACAACCACGGGCAAAUGUUCCUGUGUAUAUUGAAGAUAUGGUCCCAUUCAACGAGACAAUCCUUUCAACUCGGGAAAAGCGAUUCUACUUGGGGUUCCAGCGGAUUAUUCUGUGUCUGUACAACACUAUAGGGCUAUUUACCAUCAACCGGAAACACGCAAUUCUUGAUCUUCAGUUCAAGCAUCUACAAUUGUCGCUUCAGCAGGAUCCGCACGGAGGACCUCCAGUGUUGACGAUCGAAUUUCAGCCUGAGUUUGUGAAAAGCGUUCUGGGCAUGUCGAAGCUCAACACGUUCACACUACCCGAAGUUGUCUACGGCGUAUCACUUGUCUUCAGCCCGCAUGUCCUGCUUCUGAUUAUAUUAUUUUAUGUCCAAGCGUUUGAAGCGCCUCACUUGACCUCGAUGGAAGACCUACGGAGACUGCUUAUUGAGGGCGGCCGACAGGAAAUGCCACUUCCUUUGAAAAAAGAUAUGGAUAAUUAUUAUGUCUUCCCAAGAGUCCAAGUGAUCGAUGGUCAGCCCUGUAUUUUGUGGGAGACGCCCAUGAGUGGAAGCGCACUCGAUGCACAGCUCAGGACGUUUAGUGAGAUACACGGCUUUCUUAAUCAUUUUUUCUCCCACCAGUUCCGUUACGGAGGAGGGAAUUUACUUGACAAGAGUGGUUUUGUCAGUGAAGCACAACGCAAUGUGAUCAUGAAUCACGCCACUAGCAGCACGUUUAUUAAGCAUUAUCGUCCCCGUCGGCAUACUGGUUUACAGGAGAUCAUGUGCGGUCUGAAUCCUGAUGAAGAGUUUUCAAGGGCUGUGACCCGGAUGAGUCGUUGGAUUGAUCGGAGGCGACCACGAUACCUGAGUGACUCUGACCGGGCAUCAGUAGAGAAAGAUCCAGAACUGCAAUCGGCCAUGCGCUGGCAAUACGAGUUAGAAAGCCAGUGCGGUGACCGGCCUCAUGACCCAGCCUUGCGGGCGAUGCUGGAGGACCAGAAGCGUCAAGUCCACAAUCUGCGCCGACGUCUGCAGGAUAAACGGCGGAAGGAAAUACGCCGUGAUUUCAGUCGGAAACAGGCGGUAACCGACAUAGAAAGACAGCUGACCGGCGGAGCUGUCAGUGACGAUCCCGCGCGCGAGGUAUUACGGAAGGAGUUUGCAAUGCCAUCGGAACAGAUCCUUCUUGUGGAGACGUUCUUUACUUGGCCUAUCACCGAUUCAUUGGAAGAUGAGUGGACACGGCGUAAUAAAGCCGUUGCGGCUGGUAUAAAAUACUGCGGCUUUCAGGAAGGUGGGCCCCUUCGGGGACGACCGAAGCGCUCUGCGCGGUGCGACAAUGAUGAUGUAGUUCUACCCCCGUCAACUCGAAAGAAAAAGACGAAAACGCAGCCGACUGCGUUGUGGGAGAAGGAACAUACCUCUGGUGGGAAACAUAUUCCGAAUGCAGAGCAAACAUUUGGAUGUUUUCAAUGUUCCAAGACAUACUCGGACUAUAAUGGAGUGAAGAGGCAUUUUCGAACGUCACAUUUGAAGGACCGGAAAUGUGAUUUUUGUAAUCUGUCCGUCCUGCACGAGAUGCACUUGCGGAGGCAUGCUGGGGAUGUCCAUGGCCUUCGAACAUGA